AGGCCCUGUGCUGGGCUUUGGGACUGCAGAGAUGUCUAAGUACACUAAACCUGAUCUAGUGUACUUCAUUAAAUCCAUCACAGUACACCCUGACCCUGUGGAUUUAGACAUAUACCAAAGCUCCCACAUGGUCGACUAUCAGCCCUACGGGAAGCACAAAUACUCCAGGGUCACGCUGCAAGAGCAGGCAAAGCUCAAUGCUCAACUACGGGACAAAGAGUUUUACAGGCCCAUCCCUAAUCCCAACCCCAAGCUAACGGAUGGGUACCCUGCUUUCAAAAGACCCCACAUGACUGCCAAAGACCUGGGACUCCCUGGCUUCUUCCCAUCACAGGAACAUGAGGCCACAAGGGAGGACAAGUGCAAGUUCACCAGCACCUGCCAUUUCACAUAUCCAGAUUCCCACAAUCUGCACCUGGCCCAGGGUGACCCCAACCAGCUCCUGCAGAGUGCUUACUUUCCAUGCCUCCUGGAUCCCAAACACUAGCCUGCUGCAGAGAUGGCCAAAGGCUACCUGCUACUGCCAGGGUGUCCCUGUCUUCAUCACCAUAUAGUCUAGGUCCCCAUCUUGAACUGGUGGGGACCCUUGAUGCCAUUUUACCAGUAGGAAGGAUGAAAAUACCUUCCAAAGGCUCUUCCAAGGGCAUGUGGAAAUCCUAUGACCUUGGAGUGCAGAGAGGAGAACUGAAAAUAAAACUGGAAAGAUGUUCCAACUGCA